GGCGACGUCAUCACGCGGCGACCAAAAACAUCCGGUUAUGGUUUCAACAUUUUGGCGUCUUUGUGUGCUGAAAGAAAGUUCUAUAUGGUGAUGGAGGAAAGCAGCCAGUUAAAGGCAGAACCCAAACCCUCAGCUCAGUCACGUGACCGGAAGCCUGACAUGGCGAUUUAUGUACCCAAGGGACGACAAGGUGGAAGCCAGCCCCAUUCUAGAGAAAAGCCUCAAACGGAGGGGGAUAAGAAACCCAAAGGGAGACCCAGGUACACUGAUAAAUCCCGGAAAUACAACUCCAAGAACAAGAAGGACAGAAGUGGAGAUAAGAAGGACACCGGGGACCAAGGGCUUCCUGACGGGGACGACGAGCCAAACUCGAAGGGAGGAGCGGAAGAGAAAGGUGUAGAAAAGGAAAAUGUAGACCAGAGGAUCUCCUCUGAGGAUGUGAGCACCACGACCCACACGACUAGUGAGAUAAAGACGGCAGAAACGGAGGAGGAAGAGGAGGAGCGGGAGGAAGGUGAUAACUGGGAUUCUCUGUUCACCGAUGAUGGAGAAUGUCUCAACCCACACCUGCUGGAGGAGAUCUCUCAGAAGACGGGGCAGCGUAACAAGGCGUCCGUUCAGGAGCCGCGGUUCGACUACUAUAACUGGACGCCGGAGGACGAGGAGGAGGUGGAGCUAAGGGAGGACGAGCUGUCGCAUAUCGUGGAGAUCUACGACUUUCCCACCGAGUUCAAAACCGAGGAUUUAAUACGAGCCUUCUGCUCCUAUCAGCAGAAAGGCUUUGACAUCAAGUGGAUCGAUGACACACACGCCCUCGGCCUCUUCUCCAGUCCCAUUGCAGCGCGAGAUGCUCUGAGGACCAAACACCCCAUGCUGAAGGUUCGUCCUCUCUCCAAAUCCUCCUCAGCAACAAAAGCCAAAGCUCGCGCCUCCUCAGAUUAUCUCCUGCCAGCUAAAGAGCGUCCUCAGACCAGUGCAGCUCUCGCUCGCCGCCUGGUGACCGGCGCUCUCGGGGUCAAGAGCACACAAAGCCGAGAGGAACGAGAGGCCGAGAGGAACCAGCUACGACAAGCUAGGGAACAAAAGCGACUGGCAGCCAAGCAGCGAGAAGACGCCUGGGAAGGGAGGUGAAGAUCAAGCAGCUCCACUACCUUUUCUCACACACACACAUGUCUAUAACACUGUUCACUCAACACUUGUUUCUGUUCCUUUUGUAAACUGUGUGUGUGUUGAGAUUUCCAGAUUUGUAAAUAUUUUAUACAGCUUUAAACUCUAAACCCGAAGCUUCUUUCUUCUGAUGCCAAAUGACACACGGCGCUGCGUGUGUGUUUUUUUUAUUAACACUUUUUAAGUGUUUGUUUCUGACCCGUGAAGCACUGCUGUAAAAAACUCAACUGUGAUUUGAAUAAAAGUUUUAAACAGAAAUAAAA